CUUUACUAAUGACUAUUUCAUCUUAUCAGGACUAGUGAGACUUCAGAAAAAUGACCUGCCUGGUCUCGUAUCUAUCAUUUGUAUUGCUUUCUGUGUUUGUACACUUCAUAUACCCCGUGCGGGGCGACUGUCGAGAUGGAUGGACGAAGUUUCAAGGCAGCUGUUAUUUAUUCGCCAGUGAAGCAGCGACUUGGGCGGAAGCUGUGGCAUAUUGCAUGAGUAUGAACUCAAAUCUUGUGGAAAUAGGAAGCGCCACUGAGAAUGCAUUCCUAGAAGGCGAACUGAAGAUCAUCCAUGGUCAUGAUUCCCAUUCUAAGAAUCAAAAUGAAGUGUCUUACUGGCUAGGAGGGAAUGACAUGGAAAUUGAGGGAACCUUCACGUGGGCCAAAAGUGGUAACCCCGUGACCUUCACAGACUGGAAUCCAGGGCAACCGGACGAUUAUGGCAAUAGCGGGGAGGACUGUAUAGAGCUUCAGGGGGCCAUGGACUACCACUGGAAUGAUCUCCCCUGUAUCGCUAGACAUAGAUUCAUCUGCGAAUCUUCUCUCUUAGACGAUGGUGCUAUAUCUAGUGUGAUUGGGUGACGGUGAUUUGCUGUUAACACCAGGAUUACUGCCUCAUUUCCAUUUGUGGAUAUUUAAAGAAAUAUCAAAACAACCGAUUUCUGUUUUCUUU